AUGGACCCGUUCUCCGCCGUCUGCGAGAACUUCGGUCUGGUCAUUAACACGCAGAAGACGGUGGUGAUGCACCAACUGCCACCCAACUCAGCCACAGCCCCCAACGCGUCGCCGCAAAUCAGCGUGAAUGGGACCCUACUGCAAGUGGUGGAGAACUUCCCGUACCUGGGCAGUACUCUCUCCCGCAACACCAAGAUCGACGACUAAGUCGCCAACAGGAUCUCGAAAGCCAGUCAAGCCUUCGGUCGCCUCCAAAGCACAGUUUGGAAUCGCCACGAUCUUCAGCUGAGCACGAAGGCCGUCAUCCUGCCAACACUACUGUAUGGAGCGGAGACUUGGACGGUGUACGCAAAGCAGGCACGCCGUCUGAACCACUUCCACCUCAGUUGUCUUCGUCGCAUCCUGAGGCUGAACUGGCAGGAUCGAAUCCCCGACACUGAUGUGCUGGAACGGACGGAAAUCCUCAGCAUCUACGCCAUACUGAGGCAAAUGCAGCUGCGCUGGAGCGGCCACCUGGUGCGCAUGGACGACGAGCGACUACCCAAACGACUCUUCUACGGAGACGUCGCGACGGGUUCUCGCCGUCAAGGAGGCCAGAUUCGCCGUUACAAGGAUACCCUGAAGUCCUCCCUGAAAAGCCUGCAAAUCAACCCCACCAACUGGGAGGAGCUCGCACACGAUCGACCGACCUGGAGGAGGACAGUGAAGACAGGCGCUGCGAUCUACGAAGCCAACCGCAUCGCUGCCGCCAAAGCGAAACGCGAAGCCCGCAAAUCACAACUUCGCCCAGUACGCAACGCCGCCGCACAACCGCUUCCAACGUGUCCUCGAUGUCAACGGACAUUCCUGGCUCGAAUCGGACUUGUUGGACAUCUUCGGAUUAACUGCGCCUCUCGAAUUGCACCAACCAUCGUCCCCCCGCCCGCCUCUUCCUCCUCCUCUCCGCCGCCAACUAACUCUGACGAUUCUUCUGACCCACCACUUCCAUCCACCUCCUCCUCCUCCUCCUACUCCUCGCCCACUGCUCCAACGACGGCCGCCCAGGCGACUGUCCCGCGCGCAACAACCGACACUACCACCACCUCCCCCGAAUCCAGCGAUGAGGGUCAGGACUACACCUGCCCUCACUGCGACCGCACCUUCACUUCACGCAUCGGCCUGGUCGGUCACUUGCGAAUCCAUCGCACAGAGACUGACGGACUAGUGCCUGAAGCACCAAUCUACACCCGCUGCAGUCGCCUCCACUUCCCACACUGCCCUCGCACCUUCAGGCAUCGCAUGGGCCUCUUCGGCCACAUGCGCAUCCACGAGGGCGGCCUUGACCGCACUCCCGACACACCCACCACAUCCAACACAUCCACCGUGCACACCCCCAACCUCGCUCCAUCCGUCUGCGACACCACCACCACCGCCUCCUCUGUAGCUGACACUGACACCGCCGACUUCUCAUGCCCACACUGUCCACGCGCAUUCACCUCACGCAUCGGCCUGGUCGGUCACUUGCGAAUCCAUCGCACAGAGACUGACGAACCAGUGCCUGAAGCACCAAUCUACACCCGUCGCAGUCGCCUCCACUGCCCACACCGCCCUCGCACUUUCAGGCAUCGCAUGGGCCUAUUCGACCACAUGCGCCUCCACGACGGCCUGCGGUAG